AUGGCGGCGAGGGCGCUUGGGCUCGCCGGCCGAGCGCUCCUGCGGCCGCUCUCCUCACCGGGCGCCCAGCGGCUGCUGUCCACUGACAAGAGCCCACUGCAGGGCCUUGCGAACGCCGGUGAUCCGAUGAGCCGCCUCAUCAUGCAAGCACGGAACCAGACUGGCGGCGGUUUUUCCCCUCACUUUGCUGAGAACGGAUUCACCGCAGGCGGUGGCAGGAUGGGUGGAAACGUGUUCACAGCCGGUGAUGGCAGGAUGGGUGGGAACGGAUUCACAGCCGGUGAUGGCAGGAUGGGUGGAGUUGGAUUCACAGUCGGUGAUAGCAGGAUGGGCGGAAUUGGAUUCACAGCCGGUGGUGCCAGGAUGGGUGGAAACGGAUUCACAGCUGGUGGCAGGUCGGGCCGGUUUAACAUGGAAAUGCUGCGGCCAGCAGGGGCUCUGCGAGUAAAGAGGGACGUUCUCCACGUCACGCUCAAGGGGAAGAAGACCUUUGUGACGGUGACGGACGUCAAGGGGAACAGGAAGGCUGGGGCUUCCGCUGGCUGCUUGGAGGAUCGAAAGGGGCGGUCUCGUCUUGCUCGGUAUGCUGGUGAAGCUACAGGGGAACACAUGGGGCGAGUCGCCAGCAAGAUUGGCCUAAAGUCGGUCGUCGUGAAGGUGAAAGGAUACUCCUUUUUCAGGAAGAAGAAGAAGGUGAUCAUGGGCUUCGCGGACGGUUUCCGGGGCGAAAGAGUGAGAACCCCGUCUCCUAUCAUGUACGUCCAUGACGUGACCCAGCUCGCGCAUAAUGGAUGCCGGCUGCCCAAAAAGGUAAGGAAGUAA